UUUUUGAGCCAAUGGCAGCAACCUUCAGUGCCAUGUCAACUGCUGGUCCUUUGGCUGCUGCCCCUGGCAGUAAUCCAGCAGAGAGGAAGCCCUCAUCUUCUACUGUGAAGUUCUCCCGGUUUUCUUCUUUGUCCUCUAUUGCUUCUAGUUCUUUUAGUGGCAGAAGGCAGAAUGUGCAUCUGCAAAAGAGAUGCAACGUUAAAAUCAGUGCAAUGGCUAAAGAGUUGUAUUUCAACAAGGAUGGAUCAGCCAUGAAGAAGCUUCAGACUGGAGUCAAUAAGCUUGCAGAUCUUGUUGGGGUUACUCUUGGUCCGAAGGGAAGGAAUGUUGUUUUGGAAAGCAAGUAUGGAUCACCAAAAAUUGUCAAUGAUGGUGUUACAGUGGCAAAGGAGGUUGAAUUAGAGAAUCCUGUUGAGAACAUUGGUGCUAAGCUAGUAAGACAAGCUGCUGCAAAAACCAAUGACUUAGCGGGAGAUGGGACCACCACUUCUGUUGUUCUUGCUCAAGGUCUGAUUGCUGAAGGCGUGAAGGUGGUUGCAGCAGGUGCCAAUCCUGUCCAGAUUACUCGAGGUAUUGAGAAAACAGCCAAAGCUCUUGUGGCUGAGCUCAAGAAUAUGUCAAAAGAGGUUGAAGACAGUGAACUUGCGGAUGUAGCCGCAGUUAGUGCUGGAAACAACGAUGAAAUAGGAAACAUGAUAGCCGAAGCUAUGAGCAAGGUUGGGAGGAAAGGGGUUGUGACACUCGAAGAGGGGAAGAGUGCGGAGAAUAGUUUAUAUGUAGUUGAAGGAAUGCAAUUUGAUCGUGGCUAUAUUUCUCCCUACUUUGUGACAGACAGCGAGAAAAUGUCAGUUGAGUAUGAAAACUGCAAGCUGCUUCUUGUUGACAAAAAAAUAACAAAUGCAAGAGAUCUUAUUAGUGUCUUGGAAGAUGCUAUUCGAGGGGGAUAUCCUGUUGUGAUCAUUGCUGAAGAUAUCGAGCAGGAAGCUCUUGCUACCCUGGUUGUGAACAAGCUCAGAGGGGCUUUGAAGAUAGCAGCACUUAAAGCCCCUGGCUUUGGAGAGAGAAAAAGCCAAUAUCUUGAUGACAUUGCUAUCCUGACUGGAGGGACUGUGAUCAGAGAUGAGGUUGGGUUGUCAUUGGAUAAAGCUGACAAAGAGGUUCUUGGUACUGCUGCGAAGGUUGUAUUAACAAAAGAUUCUACCACCAUUGUUGGUGAUGGUAGCACUCAGGAGGAAGUAACCAAACGUGUUGCACAGAUCCGAAACUUGAUUGAGGCUGCAGAACAGGAAUAUGAAAAAGAGAAACUUAAUGAGAGGAUAGCGAAGCUCUCUGGUGGUGUGGCUGUCAUUCAGGUUGGAGCACAAACAGAAACAGAACUAAAAGAGAAGAAAUUAAGAGUAGAAGAUGCUCUAAAUGCUACGAAGGCUGCGGUUGAGGAAGGAAUUGUUGUUGGUGGUGGUUGCACCCUUUUGAGGCUUGCUGCCAAAGUUGAUGCCAUCAGAGACAAUCUUGAGAACGAUGAGCAAAAGGUUGGCGCUGACAUUGUUAAGAGGGCUUUGAGUUACCCUUUGAAAUUAAUUGCCAAAAAUGCUGGAGUCAACGGAAGUGUGGUUACUGAGAAGGUGCUUUCUAGUGACAACCCAAAGUUUGGUUACAAUGCUGCAACUGGAAACUAUGAAGACUUGAUGGCUGCUGGAAUCAUUGAUCCAACCAAGGUGGUAAGGUGCUGCUUGGAGCAUGCUGCAUCAGUUGCAAAAACUUUCCUCACUUCUGAUGUGGUGGUGGUUGAAAUCAAGGAGCCUGAACCUGUACCUGCUACCAAUCCAAUGGACAACUCAGGAUACGGGAUACUGAUGAACUCAUUUGAUGGAGUUACUAGUUGAUGCAUAACAGUGUUGUUGCCCAAUGUGUAAAUCACAUUGGUAAUUAUUGUAUCAAGCAUUUGCUAGUUCAUGAGAUGAGUUUAGAUUGGUAGUACAACUCUCGCGGCAUGAAAUGGAAUGAUAUGUUUAAUGUUGCACUUUUUGAGCAGCUUUUUUGUGAUUGUGGAUUUGAAAGGCCAAAUGAAUGUCAGUACAAACCCAAUUGGGUUCCAGUGCACCUUCUUCAAA